GAUGAUUCAGGCCACUUUGUCAAAUUCCAUUGUCACAUUUUGUGUCGCCAGGCUCCUAGCAAAUAAUCACCCAUAAUUGAGUUUUGGCGUUUGGGUCCCCAUCCAAAUGUCAUUUUAGCGAGUUCCAAAACAAGCAAUGUUAUUGUGGUUUUCUGUGACUCUCAUUAUUACAGGAAUUUGUCCAUUGUUUGUCUUUGGUGACUGUGACUUGUCAGAGAUUCCAAAUGGAAGAGCAAGUCUUCGGAUGAGGGGACGGGCGAUACAGUUCGUCUGUGACGACGAUUUCAUCUUAUUCGGGGAGUCUUACAUUAACUGUGUGAAUAAUAUCUGGGCCGACCCCCCUCCACGCUGUGUGGCGCCUGGUUGUGACGUGAUUGACAACAUAACAAAUGGUGAAGUGAAGAGUUCCCAGAAUGGUUCUGUCGUAGAGAUCACGUGUCAGCCUGGAACCGUCAGGCAAGGGGAGGCCACUCUAACGUGUGACGGCAAGACAUGGAGCGCGGAGGUUACAGAGUGCUUAGAACCUUACCAGGUGCGAAGUUGUGAUUUUGAAUCUAGCGCGUUUUGUGGGUGGAUCCAGGACACUACGGAUGAUUUUGAUUGGACACGACACAGUGGGGAGACCACGACAGGGAGGACUGGGCCAAACAGUGACCACACCCUGGGGCCCCACGACCCAACUGGACACUAUAUUUAUAUGGAAGCUUCCACUCCAAGAUAUCCUGGUGACGUAGCUCGGCUGAUGUCACCAUGGUUUCCCAGUGACGUUAGUGCUCGGUGCUUUCAAUUUUGGUACCACAUGAAUGGUCCGAAUGAGAUGGACGCCGUAGGAACACUUCGGAUUUCGCUUCGGACGGGAAGCUUAGAAUCUACAAUGUUCAGCAUGUCUGGGAACCAGGGAGAGAACUGGAACGUCGGAUACUUCCGGAUUCCGACAUAUGAAGAUCCAUUCCAGAUAGUGCUUGAGGCCGAGAGAAAGAACAGCUACGCCAGUGAUAUAGCGGUGGACGACUGGCAAAUAGUGCGGUGUAUCUCGACCACACCCAAUAUUCGAGAUCCAGCUGCACAGUUGGAAAAAAAUUCAACACAAAGCGAGGGGAUAUCAACGUCUUCUUCAUCUUAUUCUUCCUUGACAUUAGAAGGCGUGGCAACUACAACAGAAAUAAUUCCACCACAAAGUAGUACGACUGCUGACAGACAUCCACUCAGUAGAAAGCCCGCCACUUCAACGACUGUUGCAACGAGGCCGAAUGUAACGGGUACUUAUAUGAAUGACUCUUCUUCCACUUCAAAAAGUAACGCGGAAGUGUCUCCAUCUAGUAAUACCGAAAAAGAAAGCAACUCUCUGAUUACAGUUAUGAGCAUUCAUCCACCUAAUGCCAGCGUAAGCCCAAAUUCUUUAGAUGGAAAUCUCAGCAUUUCACGGGCAUCCAAAAACAUUUAUUCUGAAUCGGUGACUUCAUCAAAGAAACAAAAUGAUCCCUCUACCCCGCCAUCACAACCAAAGACAACCGACUUCCGGGGUGAACCGGAGCUCAAAACUAAAAACAUUGCGUCAUCAACAACUUUUUCCACAACUGUACAUUUUAUUCAUUCGCAUAAUCCACAUAAAACGCAUGUUAUGCUUUUCACGACAAACGCUAUCGUGAACCUGGCUAUAGGAUUAGUGGUAGUGUGCCUCUUCACUGGGAUAUUGAUCAUAAUGGGCUGUGUGUGCUGGAGACAACAUAAGAUGUACAAUGACAAAUACCAAGAACUGAAGCUUUUUGUGGAGACCCACUACCGGGCCAAAUACGUCAACACCAGCAUCAGCCCAAAGUGUUGUGAUGAUUGUUCAGAAAUUAAAGUUACGGACUAACAUUUUCAUCGUUUCAUUACAUUUUCUAUAGGCAUAACAUAUCUCAUAAACUAUGGCUUCUUUAAACAUAAAAUAUUUUGCUGCAUUAAACGCAUCAAGCAACUGCCAUCUAUAUUUUUGUAGACGGCAACAUGGUGGCCGUAAAUUCUUUUUCGUUACAUUUCUUUCUUCAAUUAAUUAUUUAACAUACAAAAUGGGGUUAUAUGACAUACAUAUGAUCAAUCUAAUAUAAUUAAAAAUAUACAAUAAAAGCCUUAUCAGGCUUAUUUCUAAGUGGGAAUUACGACUGGAUUAAAUGACUUGAAAGUACAUAAGAACACCUAAUUUUCAUACCAGAAUUUGAAUUUUGGCACUGCACUUUUAGUUUUGUAUAACGCAUGAUAAAAACAUUUUUAUACUGGUUGAAUUCCAAAAUGUAAAUUAAGAUCAGUUCAUUAUUGUUUUAUUGAAUAAAAUAUAUAUCAUCUUCACAAACCAUA